UAAUAUAUUAUAUAUCUCUCCCCAAAUUCUCCAGAAAUGGCGAUGCCAUAUUCAAACUCAAAUGACACAGAGAAGCCCCUGAAUUUCGAAAAAUUAAAAAAGAACCCCAAGAAUUCGAAUAUGGUAUCUUUCUGGGCCUUUUUGCUAACCACUUUCAUUUACAUAUCUGUAUUCUACUACAUCUUCAACCUUUCACCUUCGGUUGUUGUCUGCACCACAAAAUUCUGGUUUAUUAUGUCAAAUACCCUAAUUCUCAUCAUAGCAGCUGAUUUCACUGCCUUCUCUUCCUCUAAAUUAUUACACCACAAUUUUUACGAUGAAUUCGACGACAAACUGCACAACAGAAGACCAGCAAAAAAUAGUAUUAGUACCGUUCCAGUUUCCGAGUCACGGUACGAGAGAACAGUGCCAAAAUAUAAUGUAAAAGAAGUACUUAUUGACGAAGAAGAGCCUCGAGAAAAGAUAAUAUCCAUGAUAGAAAAUAAGCCGGAGAAAAUCCUAUCAACCGGCAAAAAUAGAGAUGAUCGGCGCGCGGAACUAGUUAAACCUAUUAAUAAUGCAGAUUUUUUGGAUCGGAAAAGGAAGAGAGAGUUGACUGUCGUUACCGAGCAUGUGAAUCGUCCUAAUCGUGAAGGUGCUGAUAUUGAUGUACAGAAAAUGGUUUCGGAAGAAAACGAGUAUUCGGAAAUGUCGGAUGAAGAAGUGAACAAACGAGUUGAGGAAUUCAUUCGUAGGUUUAACAGGCAGAUCAGGCUUCAGGCACUUCAAAAUCGCCCAUGAUCAUAAGACAUUUGCUAUAAUGUAUCACCAUAAUUUUGUUUUUGUUAUCGUUUUUAACGUCUCGUGUUCGGUAUGUUAUGUUCGAUAUGAUCGAUUAAUCUCCUUUUUGUUUCCAUUUUUGUAUUUCUCAACGACGAAAUUCAAAUAUUAAUUUACUUUGAUAGAUUGAAGAG